GUCACAAAUCAUCAAGAAGAUUUUAAAACCUGAACAACUUGGAUUCAUCCCAGGAAGGCAGGGAUGUUUCAGUACAUGCAAAUCAACAAAUUUAAAUGUCAUACCAACACAGGCAAAAAUAAAAGUCACAUGGUGAUCAUCUCAAUAAAUGCACAAUAAGCUUUUGAUAAAGUCAAGCACUGAUUCGUGAUAAAAAACCCUAUACUAAAUAACAACAGAUGACCUUUAUCUCAAGCUGAUAAAAUCAAAAAAUGAUGGGGUUGGCUAUUUAGCUCAGUGGAAUAAGCACCUGCCUUGCAAUUGUGUGGUCAUGAUUAGGAUCACCAGUACCGACAAAAAAGAAAAAAACAAAACAAAAAAAAAAAUCAGACAGUGACAACGAAAAUCCAGCAUCAUACUAAAUGGAGAAUAACUGAAAACUUUCAUUCCACAGUUAUGAAAAGGACGUGGAUGACUACUAUGACCACUCCUAUUUAAUAUAGCUCUGGAAACAUUAGGCAGAACAAUUAGACAAAAGAGAGAAAUAAGAAUAAGUAUAUAAUAGAAAUUAGUUAAAUUAUCAUUAUUUACAGACGAUAUGAUAUUCUAAAUAGAAGAUGCCAAAAACUCUACCAAAGCAGUCCUAGAAUUAAUAACCAAAUUCAAUAAUGUAGCUGCAGACAAAGUUGACAAUCAAAAAUCAAUAACAUUUCUGUAUACAAUCAACAAACUCACCAAGAGAGAAGUUACACAAACCGGACCCUUUGCAAUAGCCUCCAAGAAAAUGAAAUACUUGGAAAGAACCUAACAAAGAAAGUAAAGGACUUACAUAUGGAAAUUUAUAGUGCAUUGGAAAAGGAUAUUGAAGAGAUUAUCAGAAAAUAGAAAAAUAUCCCUUUCCCAUUCUGUGCAUUGUGUUUUCACUCUGUUAGUGAUUUCUUUUGAUGUACAAAUAUUUUCAAUAAGAUGGGGUCCUGGUGGUUGAUUCUUUAAAAUGUGUAUUUUGGUCAUGAAGUCUCGUUAGUGUUUCUGUUUUAAUAUUUAGAUCUUUCAUCUACUUUGACUUAUAUUUGUUUCAUUGUGAUAGAUGUAUCCAGUUUAAGUCUUUGGUAUGAGGAAUGUCAUUUUCUUCAGCACAGUUUAUUGAAAAGGCUAUCUCUCUUCCACUGAACCUAUUUGGCUCUUUUGUCAAAGACAAGUAGCAGAAUGUGUUUGUAGUUCUAUUUGCAUUUUCUAGUCUUUUUGGAUGAUUCUCAGGUCUGUUUCUCUGCCAGAACUAUGCUGAUUUUCUGACAGUAGCUUUCUAGUAUUAUAGCAAGUCAGGAAUUGUGAUGCUUCCAGACUUGCCUUUGUUGCCCAGCAAUUAUUUUGGCGAUCUAGACCAUUUCUGUUUCCAAAUGAAUUUUAGAAAUGUUUUCUCUACAUUUGUGAGCUAUCCUAAUGUCAUUUUGUUGGGCAAUGCAUUACAUCUAUAUGACAAUUUGCAACAAGAUUUUUUGAGUUUUCUCCAUAUCCUUGAAAGUAGUUUUACUGGUCUCUUAUAUUCACCAGAUGAAACCUAAUAUGUAUGAUCCUAAGAGUUUCAAACUGUUGAGUCCUUCUUCUCAAGGAUAUCUACAAUAAUAUGAUAUUUUUUUAUGUUUGUUUGAGGCAGGAUUUCCCUAUGCAAUUCAGGCUGACUAUGGACUCACCUCUUAGUCCAGUAAAUUCAAACUGAUUUUCCUACUUCAGCCUCUUAAGUCCUGGGAUUACAGGUGUGCACCUAACACUUGAAAGAAUUACUGGUGUUAUUUGAAACCUGAAGAAACAGUCAUGAGAUACACAUGUAUUCAUUAACUGCUAUUCCCUUUAAGGAAAAGUGUUUAAUUUAACACAUAACAUCAUUGGAGUGUAGGGAAUCACGAGAUUUGUUUCUAUCUCUUAUGGGCCGGGGAUGCCAGACUAGACUACCAGCAGAAACAGGAGAUAUCACAGGUAGGAAUAUGAAUCAAAUGUGAGCAUUAGCAUUAAGAACUCAGAAAGUCUUGUAUUUAAGGAUGAUGAGGAAAAGACUAGUGGAAAGCAAUGAAGGACCUGGUGGGUUUAGCUUGUCAUGACUAAAGAUCAUUCUUUAUUAUAAGAAUGAAUAUCACAAAUUUUGAAGUAUUAAAACAUUGUGUGCUCUUUACCCUUGAAAAUAUUCAGGCUUGGCACUGUAGCUCAGCUGUUUUGUAGCUUGGCACAAAAGAUGCCAUCUCAUGCCCUGCAUCUAUCUCGUGCUCUGUAUUUGACCCAGGAAAAUUAAAAAUCACUCAUGAUUUAAGUUCCAUGAGAAAAGUAAAAGGAGCUGUACCCAAAGAAAAAAAGUAACCUGCUAAAAAAAGAAGCAGGAUACAGGUGUCAAAUAAAAAUUCAUUUAAGAUUUGAGCUAAAUUGUUUCCAACCAGGAUGUCUCUUGUGACACUCUCUUUUAAAAAUGCUUAACUUUCCAGUUCAGGGCCACUUGUUUUGAUUCUGAAAUGGGGAAGGGUCUGUAUACAAGUGGUUCAGCUAUUUAAAUUCCAAAUUUAUACUUUGGAUGCUUGAAUUCCUAUGCUGUUGUUCACAAACUCACCUCAAGAUGCAGAAAGAUUUACUGACACAAGCAAACAUCUGGAUUAAAUGUCAGUGCCCCUGAAAUGAAAGAAUAAUAGUGAAAAGGAGGGAAAAAAUCACAAACACCAUGUGUUACGAUGCCCACCUCUUUUCCACAGCAUUAAAGAGGCGGAAACAGGAGAAUGGUCACAUAUGCAAGACAGUCUAACCUACAUGGUGAAUGAAAGGCCAGCCAGAACUACAAGGAAGGAGUUCCUUUCCCUGUUUAUUUUUGACUCAGAUAGAAUACAGUACAGCAGCAGUCAAUCAGUGAUGAAGAGGCGGGCUAUAUGAAAUGUCCAAUCAGGCCCCUGGGAAAGAAAGAGGAAGUUGUAAUCAAGGAAAAACCAGGACAUGGCCAUAAUGGAGCCAGUGACCUUUGAGGAUGUGGUCAUGAACUUCAGCAAUGAGGAGUGGGCUUUGUUGAUUCCAUCCCAAAAGAACCUCUACAGAAAUGUGAUGGGUGAAACCUUUAGGAACUUGGCUGCAAUAGGAGGACUUGGGGAUAUCCAGGAAGCUAAAAAAGAAUGCAAGAUUUACUGGAGAUACUUAAGAAAUGACAAGCUAGGAAAGUCCUAUGGACAUACAUCUUGGAAUCAGUGUAAAGAAGUAUUCCUUUGUACUGCAGAAGGUAAUGUGAAUGUGAAAGAAACAGAAGCACACCACAAUGUUAAGAUCCACAAAAAAUAUUGCAGUGGAGGGAAACCCUAUGUAUGUCAGCAAUGUGGAAAAGGUUUCAUCAAAUCUGGACAUUAUAAGCAACAUGAAAGAAUUCACACUGGAGAGAAACCCUAUGUAUGUAAGCAAUGUGGCCAAGCUUUUAACAGAAGUGCAUAUUGUAAGGUUCAUGAAAGAAUUCAUACCGUAGAGAAACACUAUGUAUGUAAGCAAUGUGGGAAAGCUUUUAACACAUGGGGAGAUUGUAACAAACAUGAAAGAAAUCACACUGGAGAGAAACCCUAUGUAUGUAAGCAGUGUGGGAAAGUUUUUAAAACACGUGCGUAUUGUAAGGUUCAUGUAAGAUUUCACACUGGAGAGAAACCUUAUGUAUGUAAGCAAUGUGGGAAAGCUUUUACCACACAUGGACAGUGUAAGGCACAUGAAAGAAUUCACACUGGAGUGAAACCGUAUGCAUGUAACCAAUGUGGGAAAGCUUUUAACACACGGGCAGAUUGUAAGAAACAUGAAAGGGUUCACACUGGAGAGAAACCCUAUGUAUGUAAGCAAUGUGGGAAAGCUUUUAACACACAGGGAUAUUGUAAGAAACAUGAAAGAAUUCACACUGGAGAGAAACCCUAUAUAUGUAAGCAAUGUGGAAAAGGUUUCUUCAUCUCUGGUCAUUGUAAGCAACAUGAAAGAAUUCACAUUGGAGAGAAACCCUAUAUAUGUAAGCAAUGUGGGAAAGCUUUUACCACACAUGGACAGUGUAAGGCACAUGAAAGAAUUCACACUGGAGCGAAACCAUAUGUAUGUAACCAAUGUGGGAAAGCUUUUAACACACGGGCAGAUUGUAAGAAACAUGAAAGGAUUCACACUGGAGAGAAACCCUAUGUAUGUAAGCAAUGUGGGAAAGCUUUUAACACACGGGGAUAUUGUAAGAAACAUGAAAGAAUUCACACUGGAGAGAAACCUUAUGUAUGUAAGCAAUGUGGAAAAGGUUUUACCAUCUCUGGACAUUAUAAGCAACAUGAAAGAAUUCACACUGGAGAGAAACCCUAUGUAUGUAAGCAGUGUGGGAAAGCUUUUACCCAACUUGGACAUUGUAAGCAACAUGAAAGAAUUCACACUGGAGAGAAACCCUAUGUAUGUAAGCAAUGUGGGAAAGCUUUUACCCAACAUGGACAUUGUAAGCAACAUGAAAGUUCACACUCCAGAUAAAACCAGUGUAUAUAAGUAUCAUGAGAAUUUUUGAGCACACAUACAUAUUGCAUGAUGCAUGAAAUCUUCACACUGGGCAGAAAACUUAUAUAUGUAAGGAAUGUGGGAAAGGUUUCAGCAGAAACGCUCAUUGUCCAAUACAUGAAAAAAAUUACACUGUUGAGGAACCCUGUGUAUGUGAAGAAUGUGGGAAAGCUUUCACCACAUGUGGAUAUUGUAAAAUACAUCAAUGACUUUAUACUGAUAAGAAACCCUAUGUAUAGAACAAUGUGGCAAAGCUUUUACUGCAUAGAGUCAUUGCAAAACACAUGAAAGAAUUCACACUGGGAAGAACCACUGGCUAUGUAAGCAAGUGGAGACACUUUCAGCAGCCAUAUUGUAAGUGAAAUAUGUGAAAAAACUCACACAAGUGAUAAAUUCUAUGUGUUAUGGGAACCCUAAGCACACAUGAUCAUUGUUACAUAUCUGAAAGAGCUCACUGGAUCCUAUGUGGAUUAACAAUGUGAGAAAUAUGGCAAUUCAUGUUUGUUGUUAAAUACAUAGAAAAAACAUCACUCUUGAGACAGUGUAGAUCUAAGUUUACUUUAAAAAUUCCUAGGAGAGCUGAAGAAAUAAUCAAUACAGAAUUUUGAUGUCAAUAUUUCUUCACAAAUUUUACAGAAAUGCCAAAUCUGAGGAGAAUCUCUACUCAAGUGCACAUGUUGUAUGGUUUUCAGUUAAUGACUUGUACCUCUUUAGAUUUUUUAAAGUGUCUUUGUGCUUCAACACGGCAUCUUGUAAUUAAACAUGGUAAACGGAAGUGGGCUUUUCAAUUUCAAGUAUGGAUAGUGUCUAUGUCCUUAAUAUUUUGUCUUUAAAUAUUUUAUAUUUUUGUGAAUUUUAAUGUUGUUUAUUUAAAGAGAAAAAAACAGAAAAAAAGUGUAGAAAUAAUACAGAAUUUCAGAAAAAUAAUAAGAUAUCACUAGUUGAUUUGUUACAUAUUGUCAUCUUAGAAGUAGUUGUUCAAGUUAUAAAAUUAAAGCACACAAAGUGAUAUUCCAAUAAUGACACUGCGAACAGUUAACUUCUAUAAUCCAACAAAAACUUAUUAAUAUGCUUAUCUGUCCUACAGACUUGUAUUUUUCUUAAAGAGUGUAAGAUUAAACAUGACAAAACAGAAGAUAACAGUUCAUAAGAAAACUAGUUAAGGAAACACAGAUUUCAAAGCAAGUCCACUGGAGAUGUUCACUGUUUAUCUUACUGUCUCUAGUUUUCUUCCAAAUAGUUUUUCCCAUCUUCACAUGCAUUAAAUAUAUACUGAACACUAUAGAUCUAAGCAAAUAAUUACAGAAUGAUGCAGGCUUUUUUGGUCUUCAAGACUUAUUUUGAGGAAGUCGAAGAUGACUACGAUAAUGUCUCUCAUUCUCUUCGUAAUAGCUGUCUUUAUCUUUAGGUAUGCUCAAAUUGAGCAUAAGAAACUAGACUAAUAUCACUCUGAACAGUGAAUAAUAGCAUCCUGAGAAGGAGAAAGUUGAGGAAUUGCCUAAUAAAAGAAGGCAGAGGACAUUGUUAAAAGUGAUUAGACUCUGUUCCAUUCUAUAUGAUAGUAUCAAGUUUGAAGACAUAGGCAACUACUUUGAAGACAAUAAGAUUCACUAAGAUACCCAUUCUUGUUUGACUAUUGUCUUCUUUGGAAGUCCUGUAAUGUUUACAAUGCCUAAGUUUUAUUGGUCUUGUUCUCUACUGUUUUGUCCAACUUUAUAAUAUCUAAUGAGAUAGACAAUUCUUUUUAAGGAAACAAGGGACAACGUUGAUAACCAUUGUUGAUAAACUUGUACUCUGUUCUACACCAUGUGCUAUGUCUAUCCUUGGUAUUGACUGACAGCUUUGUUUUGCAAUAUUUGACUGUAUUCUUCCCCCCCCCCAAAAAAAAGUAAUAAGCACUAAGGAGUAAUAAAAUCCAAAAUGUGUAAAUUUUGUUGUAAAAAAGAGAGGGAAAAAAAAGAAGAAAAAGAGCUCUAACGGAUGUAACAGCAAGUGUGUUUAGGGGUGUUAAAUAGCUGACUAUAUCAAUGUUUUUGGAUCAUUGAACACAGCUGUUUGCAGUCUCCCUGUUUGAAUGUCCACCUUGUAUUCUUUGAUACUGUGAUUUGAGGAACUAUUUUCAAGAUGAUAAUAUGUAAUCUACUAACAGGUGAUUUCUUACUGUUAUGUUUUUUUUUUUGUAGUUCUGUAUUACAUGUACCCUUACACCACCUUGGUUUGUUUUGUGUUUUUCUCUUUUUCCUCUUAAAUAAAAAAAAAAGAUUUAAAAAAAGUGUAUCGGGAUUUAAAAGCUACGGUAGUCUUAUUGCUCUGUUUAGUUUGAUUACAUUUUGCUCUGGUCUGUCUAUUUAUAUUAGACUUGAGCACACAGAGAGAUAACCCCAAAACAGCAGGUUAUACCAUGGUAACUAUCCUUAAUUUCCUAUUAACUUAAACUAAGUUAAUAGGAACCUGGUAUUACUUACAUGGUCCUCUAUGACUGAUCUUCUUUGAAGCUGUUUUGUUUGAAUGAUAUUUGGCCUUGACUGAAUUUAUUCACAUUUGCUUUGCUUACUGGUAUCAAGUCCAAGAGUAGAGGCAACUACUCUGAAGAUAACAAGAUGUAAAAAAUAUACAUUGGGGGGCUGUGGAUUUAGCUCAGUGGCUUAAGCAACUGUCUGGCAAGUGUGAGGUCAUGAGUUUGAUCUCCAGUACCAAAUAAAUAAAUAAAUAAAAGAUAUGCAUUCCA